AUGGCGGCUAUAGCCAGACAUCAAGAUGGCCACCAACAAGAAACGCCGCCUCCUCGGCGCCGUGUAUCCCUGGAGGAAGACUUAUACUACCAGGAGGUCAUGACAUCCGCCCCUCCGCGCUUGUCACAAUCGCCGGCCUCCGAGCCACUGGCCAAGGUUAGAUCGCUCGGCAAGCACAUUCUGGAAUCAGUCGCGGAAGAUGAGUCCUUGCCUCAGUACUCGUGCAGCAUCACAGCUGAGGGCGUGUUCAACAUGAAGAUGGAAAUCGAGAACACCAUCAAGAGGGCCGAGGACCGCAAAUGGACAAAUCGAUACUUGGUACUUCAAGGUACCGCGCUGCACAUCUACCAUAUCAAAAAGGACUGGGGAUGGGGUAAGACUGGCAAGAGCGGACCGCAUGUCUCGCCAGAUAACCCGCCGUGGUUGCGGAAAGCCAAGUUGGAGAAGACCUACACCUUAUUAUACGCCGAUGUUGGAAUCGCGGCCGACUAUCAAAAACGUCGCUAUGUCAUCCGAAUUCGAGCCGAGACAGAUCAGUUCUUGAUCUCUUGCAUCGAGCUACCCAACUUCGUAAGAUGGCUAGAUGCUCUGUUUGCAGCCAUAAAUAUCGCGCCGGCCAUAGAUGACCGCCACUUCCCAAGAGACCAGAGCAUUCCUCGAGUGGCGAGGAUACGAUAUUUCCGUGGCGAGAUGAUGGAACGACGGAAUAGCGUCGCCUCGGAUGCCACUGGUUCAUCACGCCCAGAGCCCGUCGUACAUCACUCGGCUAUGACUCCACGCACAAGACCACGACCACAAGUCGCAUCAACGCCUCCUCGCUUACCUUCACAGCAGCCCGAAUCAUCAUCAGCGGUGGGGAGAGUGCCCGAUGGGCCCAACACACCCAUCCCAACCACACUAGAGCCGCUUCCAAGCCGGCUGUCAACCACGUCGUACCCGAACGAGGCCAUUGUGCCCGAGACGGGAAAAUGGAGACCACAACACCAGUGGACCUCGGCCCACGACAUGGUCUAUGCCAAGCUUUGCUAUGCGGUCCUGCUCUUCCGCAGCCCUCGGAAAUCCAACUACAUCAUCAUGAAGGGCAAGCGGUGGUUUGUCGAUUGGACGACGGGGCGGAUGGUACGCGUUCUGCCGCCGGGUUACUUUGAAGCCGAAGUCACUGGCCCGUUCCAGGUAUGGAGCGCUGAGAAUAGGAGGAUCUGA